AUGGAAUCUCCGUUGCAGUUUGCCUACCGGACCCAGAAGACCAUCGGCGUCUUCGACGCCGCUCCGGUCUACGAGCCUCUCGCCGGCUUCAAGAAACCCGAAGGAAAUCUGCGCUGCAGCGACUACUCGCCCUGCGGCCGCUUCUUCGGCUGGGCCUCGCCCGAAUCGGUGACGGUCAUCGACACCUCGACGGGCCUCGAGCUCCUCAAUUUGCCUCUCCUGAACGUCUACGAGCUCGGCUUCUCGCCGCUCGGAACCUUCAUCAUCACGUGGGAACGCCCCGCCAAGGAUGAAGCCGGAGACGCCACCAAGAACCUCAAGGUCUGGCGCACCGUCGAGGAGGACGUCGCGCCGGCCGACAAGCUGCCCCUCGGCCGCUGGGUCCAGAAGCAGCAGGGAGGCUGGAAUCUCCAGUACACGGCCGACGAAAAGUACUGCGCGCGCCUCGUCACCAACGAGGUCCAGUUCUUCGAGAGUCACGAUCUCGUCACCGUCUGGAACAAGCUCCGCGUCGAGGGCGUGGCCACCUUUGCCCUCGCGCCCGGGACGCAGAACCACGCGGUGGCCGUCUUCGUGCCGGAGCGCAAGGGUCAACCGGCCGUCGUCAAGGUCUACAACGUGCCGCUCUUCCAGAACCCCAUAUCGCACAAGACCUUCUUCAAGGGGGACAAGGUUCAGCUGAAGUGGAACAAGCGGGGCUCCAGCAUCCUCGUCCUCGCCCACACCGACGUGGACAAGUCGGGCAAAAGCUACUACGGCGAGACGACCCUCUACCUGCUCAGCACCAACGGAGCCUUCGACGCCCGCGUCACCCUCGACAAGGAAGGCCCCAUCCACGACGUCUCGUGGUCGCCCAACUCGCGCGAGUUCGGCGUCGUCUACGGCUACAUGCCCGCCAAGGCCACCAUUUUCAACGAUCGCGCCGUCGCCAAGCACUCGUUCCCCCUCGGACCCCGCAACACCGUCACCUUCUCGCCCAGCGCGCGCUUCGUCCUCGUCGCCGGCUUCGGCAACCUCGCCGGCCAGAUUGACGUCUACGACCUCGAGAAGGACUUCCGCAAGGUCUGCACCAUCGAGGGCGGAAACCCCAGCGUCUGCGAGUGGAGCCCCGACAGCCGGUACAUCAUGACGGCCACGACGUCGCCGCGACUGCGCGUCGACAACGGCGUCAAGCUCUGGCACGUCGGCGGCGGCAUCAUGUACAACGAGGACAUGGUCGAGCUCUACAACGUCGUCUGGCGACCGGCGGCGGCGGAGAAGGCCGUCGCCGGCAACCCCCUCGACCCCGUGCCGACGCCUCACUCGUCGGCCGCCACCUACCUGGGCACGGUGAAGACACCGAGCAAGCCGGCGGGCGCCUACCGUCCGCCCGGUGCCCGCGGCCUCGCCACGCCUCUGCACUUCAAGCGCGAGGACGAGGGCGGCGUCGCCCACACGGUGAGCAACGGCACGCAGAACGUCGGGCCCAACGGCUUCGGCCCACGCCGGCGAGGUCCCGCCAACGGCAACGACCGCGAGUUUCGGAGCCGCUCGAGGAUGAAUGACAAUGCCGGCCGCGGCAACACGCCGUUCGGCGUCCGCGGCGAUUCCGCCGCUCAGCCGGGUGCCCUUGCGCAGCAGGACGCCCAGAGUUCGAACCCCGCCGCCGCGCCCGACGCCCAGAGUUCGAAUGCCAAGAAGGUUCGGAGCCUCCAGAAGAAGGUUCGCGCCAUCGAGGAUCUCGAGAUGCGCCUCGCCGGCGGGGAGAAGCUCGAGGAUACGCAGCUGAAGAAGAUCAACACCAAAUCUUCGGUGCUCAAGGAGCUGGAGUCGCUCGAGAGGGAGUUGGAGCUCGCCGACGACAUCGAAUCUGACGUCGCCACUUCUGGUCCAUUUCUGCACGUUGCCAACGGCUCCCUCCUCGUCUCUCCUCCCUCCGACCUCUUCGUCUACACUGCCCCCAAAGCUCAACUUUGCGUGGCAUCUGCCGCCGUUGUCAACCUGGCUGCCCUCGAAUCCAAGGCCUUCGGCAGAGCUCCAGUAGAGCUGGCCGGAAUGGCCAAGCCAAGCGCCGAGUCGAUCGAGGACUACGAUUAUGAAUCACUCCCCCCCAACUUCUCCCUGCUCCAAAACAUGGUUGCGGGAGCCUUUGCUGGCAUAGCCGAGCACACUGCCAUGUAUCCUAUCGACGCCAUCAAGACCCGAAUGCAAGUGCUCAACCCCAAUACCACGACGGUGCCGACUGGGCUGUUGAGGAGUACCUACCAGAUGGCUUCGAGCGAAGGGUUUUUCAGCCUCUGGCGUGGCAUGUCUAGUGUCAUCGUCGGCGCCGGACCUGCGCACGCCGUCUACUUUGCCACAUACGAGGCCGUAAAGCAUGCCAUGGGUGGUAACCAAGCGGGUGUUCAUCAUCCUCUUGCCGCUGCCACGAGCGGCGCUGCCGCCACGAUUGCAAGCGACGCCUUUAUGAACCCGUUUGAUGUCAUCAAGCAGCGAAUGCAGAUUCAAAACUCGAGCAAGAUGUACCGCUCCAUGGUCGAUUGUGCCAAGUAUGUGUACAAACACGAAGGCAUCGGCGCCUUUUACAUUUCCUACCCGACAACACUCUCCAUGACGGUGCCCUUUACGGCACUUCAGUUCUUGGCAUACGAGUCCAUCUCGACGGCCAUGAACCCGCAGAAGGACUACGACCCAGUGACGCACUGCCUCGCCGGUGCUGUUGCCGGUGGUUUUGCCGCCGGCCUCACGACGCCCAUGGACGUGAUCAAGACGAUUCUGCAGACGCGUGGCACGUCUUCCGACCCUCAAGUCCGAAACGUCCACAGUUUCGUCGGCGGUUGCAAACUGCUCUACCGAAGAGAAGGCUUUCGCGGCUUCUUCAAGGGCGUACGGCCGAGGGUGGUGACGACGAUGCCGAGCACGGCCAUUUGCUGGUCGGCUUAUGAAUUUUCAAAGGCCUACUUCAUCAAGCGCAACGACACGUUGUAG